UUGUCUGUCCUCACUGUUUUGCUUUUCCCAAGUGAUGAUAGUGAUGAAUAGAAUAAAAAGGGUUGGUACAACCUGAAACACUAGAGCGUGGUGCCACGGCCAUGCCAUGUUUUGCAUUUUUUUGUUGCGUGUCAAACCAAAACCCCCCAAAAGCGCGUGGUUUUGUCUGCAUGAAUCUGCACUACUGGCGUCAUGUUUGCCACACAAUAAUCAAAUCUUUCUCUGAUCACAACAAUCAUCAAAAACGGGUCACUCUUUUUCUCUUUAUCCCCUAAUCUUGUUGUGCUAAAAAGCAAACUCUGCCCCUCAAUCUCAUCUUCUCUUUCUCCCUAUCCUCUUUACCACUUCCUUGAUUCUCUCUUGUAAGUUUUUUGUUUUUUGUCCACUUCAUUUUUUUCCCCUUGUUUGUUCGUUGUGUCUUUGUUUGUUUGGCUCCAAUAUUUCUUCCCACCUUCAUAAAUUCCGGGUUGUCUUUAUCUUAUCCAGAUAUUUUAAGGGUAAUGUCUAGUUUUUGAUUUUUUGGUCUUCUUCACUGGUAUUUUCAGAUAAAGUUGAGAUUUUUAUUUGCUGCUUAUGAGGUGUUGUUUUUAGGGGACCUGUGAAUAGGGAUAUUUGCUGUUGGUGCAAAUUAAGGAUUUUUGGGUUUCCCAAAGUUGAAAUAUUGAUGAAUCUCAUUUGGCAAAGGUGUUGGCUUUUGAUGAAGAGAGCAGGUCCCCAUAUCUGUUGUGUGUGAAAUGCCUUUUAUAAAGUUGGAGAUUUUAAUGAGGGGAAUUUUGUGUCUGUUGUAUUCUGUUUCUGCUUUUUAGAUCAUUGUAGAGGAGGAAUCAGUGCUUCUUCUCUUUAUUGUGGAUUUGAUUUGGUGGAUUCCUUUUAUUUGUCAUAAAAAUCUAUGAGGGAAUCAGUUGAAGUAACUUUGGAAUAGAUUCUUAACCCCCCGGAUUGAAAUUUUGGUGUUACUAAUUGGUGGGACAUUGUUUCAAUCCAUUUGAGAAUACCAGAACAUGAACCAGAAAUUUGCAAAUUAGAGAAGGUAAAUUUUAGUGUUUUAUUAAGGGUUUUAGGUGUCUACUUGAGAUUUAAAAGAUGCAGCGUGUUAGAUUUUCAUCUCAGCAGGCACCAGUACACAAGCUAGGAGAUCCUCAAAUGACAUUAUCUCCUAAGUUUAGGUUAGCUGUGAUCCAAUCUGCUUUGGCAAAUCCAUCACCUGAGUUAGAGCUUUCUCUCAGAGAAGAACCCUUAAUUCCUGGUCUUCCUGAUGAUGUUGCUCUCAAUUGUCUUCUCCGGCUUCCGGUUCAGAGUCACUCAUCUUGUAGAGCUGUGUGCAAGAGGUGGCAUAUGCUACUUGGUAACAAAGAGAGGUUUUUCACCAAUAGGAAGCAAUUUGGUUUGAAAGACCCUUGGCUUUUUGUAUUUGCUUACCAUAAGUGCACUGGGAAGAUCCAGUGGCAGGUGCUUGACCUCACACACUUUUCUUGGCACACUAUCCCUGCGAUGCCUUGCAAGGACAAGGUUUGCCCUCAUGGUUUUAGGUGUGUUUCGAUCCCCCCUGAUGGCACGCUGUUUGUUUGUGGUGGCAUGGUCUCUGAUGUGGAUUGCCCUCUUGACUUGGUGUUGAAAUACGAGAUGCAGAAGAAUAGAUGGACUGUGAUGAAUAGGAUGAUCACUGCUAGGUCAUUUUUUGCUAGUGGAGUGAUUGAUGGUAUGAUUUAUGUAGCUGGGGGAAAUAGUACCGAUCUUUAUGAGCUUGAUUCUGCUGAGGUGUUGGAUCCUUUCAAUGGGAGUUGGCACCCUAUUGCCAACAUGGGAACGAACAUGGCAUCUUAUGAUGCUGCAGUGCUCAAUGGGAAACUUCUGGUUACUGAAGGAUGGUUGUGGCCUUUUUAUGUCUCACCAAGAGGCCAGGUCUAUGAUCCUAGAACUAAUAACUGGGAAAAUAUGGCUGUUGGUCUCAGAGAAGGGUGGACCGGUUCAAGUGUGGUUGUUUACGGGCACUUAUUUGUUGUUUCGGAGCUCGAAAGAAUGAAGCUAAAGGUUUAUGAACCGGAAAAUGAUUCCUGGGAAGCCAUAGAAGGGCCUCCUUUGCCUGAGCAAAUAUGCAAGCCUUUUGCUGUGAAUGCUUGUGAUUGUCAUAUUUAUGUUGUGGGUCGAAAUCUUCUGGUUGCCGUUGGCCAUAUCACUAGACUGAACCCAAAAGAAAGCUGUAAGGAAAAAUGGAACUUCAGUGUUCGAUGGCAUGUAAUUGAUGCACCAGAAAGCUUGUCAGAUCUGACUCCUUCAAGCUCUCAGGUGCUGUUUGCUUAGUUUUUUCAUUAUCCUGUAAUAUUAUGCUCACGAAUGUUGUAUCAAUAAAAUGUAAUUAAUAUAAUUAUUAGAGGUCUAAAAGUUGUAAUAGCUGUGUGAAGGAACACUUUAAAUCAGUUUUUUGAAUUGUAUCAGUGAUGGUAUCUUCUUGUGGUUGCUUGGCAGUGUUAGUUGUACAUCAAUAAUUAUAUUUUCUCCUUGAUGAAUA